UUAGGCACUGGAGCUGCAUUAUCAAAUAAUGGCGGAGAUGCCAUUUUUAAAGAUGUAAACGAGGUUGAGAGUUUUGAAUUGCUGAAUACUUUCACUGGAGUUCUUUUUGAAGCUUUGGAGGAUCAGUUGACCCAUAACAAAGAGGAGUGCCUUCUAGAAAGUAAUUCAAUAACAGAAGAAGACAUAGAAGAGCAUGCCAUUCCUCUAGCAGAAUCCUGUCUUAAUGACGAAGAAACAGAGAAAAGUAUUAUUAGCGUAUCUGGGUCACUGCGGGAUUUAUAUGAACUUAUGUCAGAAUCACGUAGUUGUAAGAGUGAAGUUCAUAAUAAGUUUAAGGGGGAAAUGACUCAAAGUACUACAUCUGAAUUAUCUGAUGCCAAUCUAAAGAAAUCUGAGGUUCCUGAGAACAGCCAUCUUCCCGCUGCCUGCACUAAUGAUCAUAACAAUUUAAGGGAAACAUCGAUCAAGACUUCCAAUGAUCCAGAAGUGGAAAAUAUUGGCAGCUCCAAUAAAGGUAUAUCUCCCCUGAUUUCUUUGAAGGUCUCUCCUGAUUGUGAAGAAUCAAUACUAGCUAGUGAUGAUCAAUAUGAAGCCAAGAAAUUGGAUGAGCAAGAUGGAAAUCCAAAAUGCUCCCAGGAUAUUUCUGAUGAAUUGCAUACCUACAGUGAAGUGGCGAUUCAGGGAAACGUUUCAAUUGGUUACAAUAACAGUCAGGAACUGGAGCAGCUUGUAAGUUCUGAUGAACUUGACAGCAUAAGUAAGGAGGCCAAAGGGAUGGAAACGACCACACAGACAUUAAAUAACACAGAUGCAGCUGCAGAGCAUGGAUCAUUUGCCUGCAGGGCAGUAUCUGGAGGUGAUAAAAAGUUAGAAACUGGAGAGCCUGUUCUCAGUUUAGAUGACGAAAAGGUGCAAGAUGCUGGAUUUGAACUUGAAAACAGCUCAUGCGUUGUAGAUUUAUUGUCAGAUGAUGGUGGAGAAGACACUUGUGGAAAGAUGAACGAUGUUGAGACUGUUGAGUUCAAAGUAACCUCCACUAAUGUUCUUUCUGAAACAGAAUAUGAUGGUGAAGCUUCUGAGGAGCAGUUGCCUGAGAGCACAGAGGAAUGCCAGAAAGGAACUAGCUUCAUCCCAGAAGACAAUAAAGAAAUUGUCACUUCUCUAGAAACAGACAGUGGCAAUGAAUUGACAGAGGAAUAUCUUAAUAUCUUGUCUGCCUCACCAACGAAUUUGGAUAAAGCUGGAGGCUGCCAAGACAUGUUAUUUGAUAAUGCUCUGUCAGAAAGCGUCAGUUGUAAGAGUAGAGCUGAUUAUAAAUCUGAGCAGGAAAUUAUACAGAGUAGUGAAGUUGAAGAUGAGUUAUCUGAUGCUGAUCUACAAAAGUCUAACAUUUCUAAGAACAGUCAGAAUGUCAUAGAUGAAGGUACCUAUCUGCCUCUAUCUUCAGAGGCCUCCCCUCUCUCUGACGAACUUACACAAAAAAAAAUUUGUGGAGUUAUGAUUUGUGAUGAGAUAGAUACUCAAGAUAUGUCUGAUGAGUCGCAUACCAACAGUGAAGUGGCCAUUCUAAAAACCCCUUCAGAUAGUAACAACCAGACUGAGGAUGCUGGGCUUGCUUGCUGUCUUGAACUUGAGAGCACAUCCCUAGAGACAAAUGAGGCAGGCACAGCCACACAUGAUCUUAACAAAGACCACGGUUCUUCUGUUUGUGGUGCAGAACUGCAUCUCUACAUAAGAAAUGAAAAUAAUGACAGUUUAAAGGGAGACAAUAGCAUGAAGGACAUUGAAGAGGCUGAGACUUUAACUACUCAAAUGGUUCAGUUUCCCAUUGAGCUUCAUUUUGAGAAGAAUGUGGAAGACUUCAAGAAUGAUACUCACGCACUGUCAAACUCGCCAGCCUCUGGAUCUGAUGAGAUUUUAAGGGAAAGUGAUGUGGCAGAUACAAUUAAAGAGUACAUUGAUUCUGAAUCUUCUCUGCCUGUGAUCUUUGAAAAUUCUGGUGCCAGCCUUCCGAGUGACAUGUUGGCAGAUACUGAUGAAACGGUUGCUAGUGAAAAAUCAGCCAUGUCCAUUUACGAAAAGGACAUUGCUGCCAGGCUUGACUGCCUAACUCCAAUGAUGGAGAUAUCAUCUCACUCGUCCAAGGAUGAAGAUACUGUGCCAUCACUUGAGUGCCUCAAUACAGAACAAGAGGAAGGCACACUGUCAACCAGACCUGCUCAAGUCUCCAGGAAAGCAGCAAAUUCCCCGGAACGCGUUGAUGAAGGCAAUACUAUUAAGCUUGAUGCUGAUGAAGAUGGACAUAUUACGGCCUGUUCGACCAUGAGGAAGAAUGCUAGAACCAUUUUGAUCCAUGGGACCCCAGGUAAGCUUAUUGCUGCAGAUAUGAAGGAGAAUGAGCUGAACCAGAAGCGCUCGAACAUAGGUGAUAUCACAGCAGCCAGACCAGCAAAAAGGAAACCCUUGCAGGAUCUUCGAUGGAAAUAAAUUUAUCUCAUUUUCUACUUAUUUGGUGCUGUAAGGCUGCUGCCUUAUGCAUAUCUCAUGCAAAUAGAUAUUUAUGAAACAUUUCUCAUGUAAUCUAUACUGAAUUGAUUAAUAGACCAAUAUUUGAUGUU